UUUACCCUAUAUUCAUGCAAAUUACUGUUCCCAAGUCUCAACAACAAAAUAACGUCUUCUCAGCAGUGGGGUUAUUUCUCAUAUCAAAUCGAUUCUUCUCGCAACAGCCCUUGUCUGUCUGAAAUAAUAUUCUGACAUGUUUAUAUUUGUAUUUUACGAAUGUCGGAAGACCAAGAACUCCCUUGGUUGGUGGCCACAGUACAAACAUUAAAAGUGAGAGACUGAACUUGAUUAAAAUAUCGGUCGAGAUACAGCAGUAUUUACCCAGCUGAAUAAUCUGGAAUCUUAAAUUUGUGAAAUGGCUAUUCUACGAAGAAAGCUGAGACAUCACCGCUAAGCAAGCUAAGAAUUGACUAGAGCGAAAAUUUCCAACCUUUACUUAUGCAUUUAUACAGUAGUGGGUAAUAAUGAGCAGCUCUUUGAUGUGUUUACGGAAGAUGAAGCGCAGGAUUUUCCUCGUUAAAUUACUACUUUUCCUCACAAUUGCCCUAGUUUUUAUGCAAGUUGUGUAUUACCCUAAAAGGAGGCAUCGACAAUGGCAAGCGGGAAAUAAGACUAGGAUAAACUGGAAGAAAGAAACGAGUCCCCACCAUGCAAAAACAUUUGUAACCACGCUUCCCUUAGUCCAGAGUCCCUUAGAAGAGCUACAGAACUGCGAGCUAGAAAUACCAGACGGGGAGAUGUGCCCAAUUUACUACAAUGAUUUAACCCCGUGUGAACUACGCUUUGAAGGACUGGAGUGUCCUGACAUUCGAACGCGUGUGAACGGAACCUUGAGGCAAUCUCAACUGGUAGCCUUACGCAUAUUGAGAGUUUUUGAUGCAAUUGCUACUAGAUACGAUAUCCCGUAUUGGCUACGAGGAUCUUCGCUCCUUGGAGCAGCGCGACACAAAGGCAUUGUGCCGUGGAUUGUUGGAAUUGAAGUUGAGAUGAGUAGCAAAAAUGCGCGCGCGUUUCGAUCCCGCGGAUUGCGGGAUAUCCCGCCUGAGAUACGCCUCCAUCGGCCCCAGACCACCAUCAGUUACCCCGACAGAGGCUCCAUGAGGCUUGAAGACAGAGGAAGCUGUUACAAGAGAUGCGAUAACUGCAAUUGGAUUGGUGGAUUAGGGGUGGAUGUUUUUAUACAAAAUAAAGUAACCAAGCGAUGUCGGAUGCAGUUCGAGGGCUGGUUUAUACCUGUCCCCUGUGACUGGGAGAGACGACUAAGGGCGGAGUUCGGGGAGAACUACGCCCAAAUACCAGCUCAGAGGGCGUCUAGUGUCGUCAGCGAGCCAUUUCGCAGCUGUGACAAGCUAAGAAAGGACACUUCAAUUGAAUUAAAACAAAAAUAGAAACUUCUAGAAUUAUCAUAUUCUGAAGCAAUUUGAGGAGUUCAUUCUCCGUGCUCCCGUCUCACGAAUACCACACAACAGAUCGCUAACAAAUUGACCUAGGCCUAACGCCGUUUUUUAAUGUGUUUACCAUCGAUAUACGUGUUCAGGAGUUAUUUUUUUGAAUAGAAUCUAGGUUUGUAUUGACUACCAUUCAUAAAUCUAUUCGGCACGUGACGUUUCGGCCAACAAAGCCAGAGUAGUGGAGGAUCUGGAGAAGGGUGUGAGCUGUAACCCCAAAAUAGCAAGAAAGGGAAGCCAUCGAGCAGGAUAUAUAACUUUAUUCCUUUUUUAAACAAUAGUACACUUUUAAUUACAUACAUUAGGUAAGCGGCUAGUUUCCACUGAAUCCUCAGCAGCAGUAUAACAGACGUGAUUUCGUUGUGCUCAAAAUUCAAAACAAUCGAUCGAAUUUAUGUGGAAACCAGCGACCAGUGAACACAGAACGAUCAAAUAAAGCACAGAAGUACAUUUCCUGAAUAACACAGAGAAAUCUUGUCAACGCACUAAAACCGGGAGAUAGCGGGGAUGUAAGAUGCUUACUUCGCGUGUUAAAACCAGUGGGGACGACACAAAAACGGAGAAUACAAGGGACCAUUCCGUUCCCUCCUCCGAUUUCGCUUCCUUUAUGCUGAUUUACACACACGUUGUAAACAUGUCCGCCUCCUUUGCUAGUGUUAAUAGGCCUUAAAGAUUUUAUUUUGUAAAACGAUCAGUGGGAUCAUGUAAUCCUCGUAUUCCUACGGCCUCGCCUUUUUAACAAUUGUCGCGGUGCGAGGUAUAUCCAGUAGAUUAUAUAAAUAAAAGGUCCAUAAAAGUCACUGUAACUAUCAAGCGGCAUUCUUAUUAGCUGCUUAAUGACCAAAAGUACAAAAAAGAAAAACAUAGUUCAGUAUUAGG